CGGAGCGGAGCGGCCGCGGCGCGCCGCCUCCCGCCCUCCGCCGAGUGGCGCCGGAGCCGCCGCCGCUUUACGUAAGGCGCAGGCCAGGGCCGCCGGCGCUCGGCAGCCGCUCGGAGCCCUCGCCGCGAGAGGAGGCGCCCCCGCCGGCCGCCGCGCCGCCCGGCCGCUCGGCAGGUUCUGCCGGAGACUUCCAUCUGGCCUCAAUGUGAAAGUAAAGUAAACCACGUCUGUGUGUGUGUUGCUCCCAGGAUGCUGAUUCAUUGGUCAUGUCUGAAGAGGGAAAUUCUGGUCUAGAUGGCUGACAGCCCGCGAAAAUAGAUGCUUAUCCUAGAUGUCCGGCGUCUCUCCUUUUUACUGGAGUGAAAAUCCCCUCCAGAUACCAACAGAACGUCACCUGCAGAAAAUGCCUCGCAUUUUAAGGAUGUCAGCAACCUAAAUUCAUGCGCCCAGUGUGCACAGUUGUCGUGGACGGUUUACCAUCUGAGAGCUCCUCAGCCUCUUCUCCAGGCCCCGUACCUGUGUCUGAGAUGUCUCUGCUCCAUGCUCUGGGCCCAGUGCAGACCUGGCUGGGACAGGAGCUGGAGAAAUGUGGCAUCGACGCCAUGAUUUAUACCCGGUAUGUCCUCAGCCUCCUGCUGCACGACAGCUAUGACUACGACCUACAGGAACAGGAGAAUGACAUCUUCCUGGGCUGGGAAAAAGGAGCUUAUAAGAAAUGGGGGAAGAGUAAGAAAAAGUGCUCAGAUCUAACUCUAGAAGAAAUGAAAAAGCAGGCUGCUGUCCAGUGUCUUCGUUCUGCUUCUGAUGAAAGCUCUGGUAUCGAGACUCUGGUGGAGGAGCUCUGCUCCAGACUGAAAGACCUGCAGAGUAAGCAAGAAGAGAAGAUUCACAAAAAGUUAGAGGGGUCUCCCUCUCCAGAGGCAGAAUUAUCCCCUACAGCAAAGGAUCAAGUGGAAAUGAAACAUGUGUUGAGCACUUCUUGUGUGCGUGACACUGAGGAUUCAGAGGUGAAUGAGACGGUCCUGUCCUUGUCAUAUGUACUGAAUCAGGAUUUGGGAACUGGGUACUACGAAGCGUUCCCACCGCUGUCCGAGAAGCCGGUCUGCCUGCAGGAGAUCAUGACCGUGUGGAACAGGUCUAAAGUCUGUUCUUACUCCAGCUCUUCGUCGUCGUCCACGGCGCCCCCCGCCAGCACAGACACGUCCUCCCCCAAAGACUGCAACAGCGAAGGCGAAGCGAGCAAGGAGAGAAGCCGCGAGGCGGGCACCACUGCACACGAGAGAGCCCAGAGCAAGAGCAGAAGCGAGAAGGAGGACAGGUUCGGGCACGGCGCCACGGAAGAGAAGCCCGCCCUGUACAAAAAGCAGGUCCGACACAAACCUGAGGGACGGAUUCGCCCUCGUUCGUGGUCCUCCGGCUCGAGUGAAGCGGGCUCAAGUUCGAGCGGUCCUCGGGGAGAACUAAAAGCCUCCGUGAAGUGCGUGAAAGUCCGACACAAGACGCGAGAAGUUCGGAACAAGAAAGGGCGGAACGGGCCGGGCAGGCUGUCGCUGAAGCCCGGCGACAAGGCCGAGCGGGCCGUCCACGCCGCCGGCAGCAGCAGCAGCGGCAGCGGCGGUGGCGGCGGCUCCAUCAAGCCGCUGUGCCGGCGCGGGAAGAGGCCCCUGAAGGACCCGGGGAGGAGAGACCCCGGGAGCGCCGAAGGAAGAGACCUGUCCCUGGAGAGCAGAAACGACAGGGAGUACAAGGAGGAGCCGCUGUGGUACACGGAGCCGAUUGCCGAGUAUUUCGUUCCUCUGAGCAGGAAAAGCAAACUAGAGACCACCUACCGAAACAGACCGGAUGCGAGCGACCUGCCGUCGGAGGCGGUGGACGAGUUGUCAGAGUCCGUGCACGGUCUUUGUAUCAGCAACAAUAAUAUGCAUAAAACAUACCUCGCAGCAGGUACUUUCAUUGAUGGUCAUUUUGUAGAAAUGCCUGCGGUCAUCAAUGAGGAUGUUGACCUCACUGGGACCUCGUUCUGUCCUCUCCCGGAGGACAACAAAUAUCUGGAUGGUAUUCAUCUGUCAGAAUUAACACACUUCUAUGAAGUGGACAUUGAUCAAUCCAUGUUGGAUCCUGGUGCCUCAGAAACCACGCAAGGAGAAAGUCGGAUUUUGAAUAUGAUUCGACAAAAAAGCAAAGAGAAAACCGAUUUUGAGGCAGAAUGUUGCAUAGUGUUAGAUGGAAUGGAGUUGCAAGGGGAACGUGCAAUAUGGACAGAUUCUACCAGCUCCGUGGGCGCCGAGGGCUUAUUCCUGCAAGACCUCGGCAAUCUGGCUCAGUUCUGGGAGUGCUGUUCAUCCAGCUCGGGCGAUGCCGACGGGGAGAGUUUUGGGGGGGAUUCUCCAAUCAGACUCUCCCCGAUCUUGGACAGCACGGCGCUCAAUCCACAUUUGCUUGCUGGCAAUCAGGAGCUCUUUUCAGAUAUUAAUGAAGGAUCUGGUAUAAACUCUUGUUUUUCAGUGUUUGAAGUGCAAUGCAGUAAUUCUGUUUUACCGUUUUCUUUUGAAACACUCAACUUGGGGAAUGAAAAUACAGAUUCUAGUGCUAAUAUGCUUGGGAAAACACAGUCUAGAUUGCUAAUAUGGACCAAAAAUAGUGCCUUUGAAGAAAACGAACACUGUUCUAAUCUCUCAACAAGAACUUGUAGUCCAUGGUCCCAUUCGGAAGAGACGCGUUCAGACAACGAGACGUUAAAUAUUCAGUUUGAAGAGUCCACGCAGUUUAACGCAGAAGAUAUGAAUUAUGUGGUUCCUAGAGUCUCGUCAAAUUAUGUAGAUGAAGAACUUCUAGAUUUCUUGCAAGACGAAACUUGCCAGCAAAACAGUAGAACGUUGGGAGAAAUUCCCACCUUAGUCUUCAAACAAACAUCGAAGCUAGAAUCUGUCUGCGGUAUUCAGCUAGAACAAAAAACGGAACCCAAAACCUUGGAAACUGCGCGAGGGUGUGGCGAGAGCGGUCCACGUGGAGGCGGUUACAGCUCAGGGGUCAUUAAAGACAUUUGGACAAAGAUGGCAGACGGGGGUUCUGUCGCUACGGCAGACGUAGAGCGAACGGACGAGGAGUUGUUCCCGACCGAUGUCACCAACUGCUGCUGCUGCCGGGACGCCGAGGCCGAGGCCGAGACCCUCCGGGAGCCCAGCAAGGCCGUGCAGAGGUCGGAGUACCGUCUGUGGGAGGGCCAGAAGGAGAGCCCGGACAAGAGAGCUUUUGUGUCCGGGGAGCUGUCGAAGGUGGACGGUGGCGACUACACUACGCCCUCGAAACCUUGGGACGUGGCCCAGGACAAAGAGAACACUUUCAUUCUCGGAGGAGUUUACGGAGAACUCAAGACCUUCAGCAGUGACGGGGAGUGGGCGGUCGUCCCGCCCGGUCCCACGAAGGGAAGCCUGCUGCAGUGUGCGGCUUCUGACGUGGUGACCAUAGCAGGUACGGAUGUCUUCAUGACCCCGGGAAACAGUUUCGCUCCCGGUCACAGGCAGUUGUGGAAACCCUUCGUGUCGUUUGAGCAGAACGAUUCGCCGAGGAGUGGGGAAAAUGGAUUAAAUAAGGGAUUUUCUUUUAUCUUCCAUGAAGACUUACUAGGAGCUUGUGGUAACUUUCAGGUUGAGGAUCCUGGGCUUGAAUAUUCCUUCUCUUCCUUUGACUUAAGCAAUCCGUUCUCACAAGUUCUUCACGUGGAGUGUUCAUUCGAACCCGAAGGGAUUGCCUCUUUCAGCCCGAGUUUUAAACCGAAAUCCAUCCUGUGCUCUGAUUCGGACGGCGAAGCGUUUCACCCCAGGAUAUGUGGCGUCGACAGAACACAGUACAGGGCUAUUCGGAUCUCUCCGAGGACUCACUUCCGCCCCAUUUCUGCAUCUGAGCUGUCCCCGGGAGGAGGAAGUGAGUCGGAAUUUGAAUCUGAGAAAGAGGAGGCAAAUCUGCCCAUUCCUUCUCAAGCCGAUGCGUUUGAAGAUCCCCAGGCAGAUCUCCAGCCACUGGAAGAAGAUGCGGAGAAAGAAGGCCAUUACUAUGGAAAAUCAGAGCUCGAGUCUGGAAAAUUCCUUCCCAGGUUAAAAAAGUCUGGCAUGGAAAAGAGCGCUCAGACAUCACUGGAUUCUCAGGAGGAAUCAGCCGGGAUUCUGCCAGCGGGGAAGCGGAAUCAGUGUUUGGAGUGUAGCAUGAAUGAAUCUCCGGAAAUUGCUUUAGAAAGCUCAGAAGCAAAUUGUAAAAUAAUGGCACAAUGCGAGGAAGAGAUUAAUAAUUUUUGCAGUUGCAAAGCAGGUUGUCAGUUUCCUGCUUAUGAAGAUAAUCCAGUUUCUUCGGGACAGCUGGAAGAGAUUGGGAAGAAAGAAAAAGAGGGAAGAAGCGAGAUUCUACAUCAUACCACUGCCAUAUUCCUUCGCUUUCUAUUUCCUGUAUUGAACACUGAUGUUCAAGGAAUGAAUAGAAGUCAAGAAAAACAGACUUGGUGGGAAAAAGCCUUGUACUCUCCUCUUUUUCCCGCGUCAGAGUGUGAAGUUUCUCCUUGGACCAAGAUGACUGAUGGAAACCUCUCCACCUCUACAAAUGGCAUAGCCUUGAUGGGCAUUCUGGACGGUCGGCCAGGAAAUCAUAUUCAGAAUCUACAACACUUGAAUCUCAAGGCACCCAGAUCCCUCUCGUUGCCAGAGUACGGGCCCAAGCUGAAGCUUGGGCCUUUAGAAGAUCAGCACAGCCUUAAGUCCGUGGACUCGGGCAUUCCCACCCUAGAGAUCGGUAACCCGGAACCUGUCCCCUGCAGUGUGGCCCACGUGAAGAGGAAGCCAUCUGAGUCGGGGACCGUCCCUGAGCGAGCCUGCCAGAGCGCGUGCCCGCUGCCGUCCUACACGCCACCGGCUCCCGGCAGUGCCGAGUGGGAGCGGGGUGUGCGGAAAUCGUCCACGUUCCCCCGGACGGGCUAUGACGCGGCCGAGCUCUACAGCCCCGCCUCCAAGGCCCUGAACCGCAGCGACGAUGUCUCCGUUUGCAGCGUGUCCAGCCUCGGCACGGAGCUGUCAGCCACGCUUUCCGUCAGCAAUGAGGACAUCUUGGACCUUGUGGUCACGAGCAGCUCCAGUGCCAUCGUGACCCUGGAGAAUGAUGAUGACCCUCAGUUCACUGACGUCACCUUGAGCUCUGCCAAGGAAACCCGGGAGCUGCGCCGGCAGGACUGUGUCGAUGGAACGGAGGAUGGGAGUAAAUCGAAAAUACUGGGACCAUUUAGUAACUUCUUUACCAGGAAUUUGCUUGCUAGAAAACAGAAUGCAAGACUUGACAGACAGAAUGACUUGGGAUGGAAGUUAUUUGGAAAAGUACCACUCCGAGAGAAUGCUCAGAAAGAUUCAAAGAAAAUACAAAAGGUAUACAAGGAAUAUGAAGACAAGGCUGGACGACCUAGCAAGCCGCCCUCUCCGAAGCAGAAUGUGAGGAAGAAUCUUGAUUUUGAGCCACUUUCUACCACUGCACUCAUCCUGGAAGACAGACCAGCAAAUCUCCCAGCGAAGCCAGCUGAAGAAGCCCAGAAACACAGGCAGCAGUAUGAAGAAAUGGUGGUGCAGGCCAAAAAACGAGAGCUGAAGGAGGCGCAGCGGAGAAGGAGGCAGCUGGAGGAGAGGUGCCGCCUGGAGGAGAGCAUCGGGAACGCCGUCCUCACCUGGAACAACGAGGUUUUGCCUAACUGGGAGACAAUGUGGUGCUCUAGAAAAGUUCGAGAUUUAUGGUGGCAGGGAAUCCCUCCCAGUGUGAGAGGCAAAGUCUGGAGCUUAGCCAUUGGCAACGAGUUAAACAUCACCCAUGAGCUCUUUGACAUCUGUCUUGCCCGAGCCAAGGAGAGGUGGCGGUCCUUCAGCACAGGAGGCUCCGAAGCGGAGAACGAAGGUGUCGUGACUCUUGAUCUUUUGAUAGAUGCCGGUUUUUCAGCAGCAGACAGAGAAGCCAGUUUGGAGCUUAUUAAACUGGACAUUUCUAGAACGUUUCCGAAUCUCUGCAUUUUCCAGCAAGGCGGUCCGUACCAUGACACGCUGCACAGUAUUUUGGGCGCUUACACUUGUUAUCGACCGGAUGUGGGUUAUGUCCAGGGCAUGUCCUUUAUAGCGGCAGUGUUGAUCUUGAACCUAGAUACUGCAGAUGCCUUCAUUGCUUUUUCUAACCUUUUGAAUAAACCCUGUCAAAUGGCGUUUUUCCGAGUGGACCAUGGCCUUAUGUUGACCUAUUUUGCUGCAUUUGAGGUAUUCUUUGAAGAAAAUUUGCCGAAAUUAUUUGCUCAUUUCAAGAAAAACAACUUAACUCCAGACAUCUACCUAAUUGAUUGGAUCUUUACCUUAUAUAGUAAGUCUUUGCCCCUCGACCUGGCCUGUCGCAUAUGGGAUGUGUUCUGUCGUGACGGCGAGGAGUUUCUGUUCCGCACGGCCCUGGGCAUCCUGAAGCUGUUUGAGGACAUCCUGACCAAGAUGGACUUCAUUCACAUAGCCCAGUUCCUUACGAGGCUCCCAGAGGACCUGCCCGCGGAGGAAGUUUUCGCCUCCAUAGCUACAAUUCAGAUGCAAAGUCGAAACAAGAAGUGGGCUCAGGUACUGACCGCACUGCAGAAGGACAGCCGGGACGUGGAGAAAGGCAGCCCGUCGCUCAGACACUGAGGGGACAGGCGGACCCGCACUCGGCACCGAGCAGACCUCCAGGUGGCACCUUGCGUGGCUUCGGACGCACGCACGCGCUGACCGCGGACGAGAACGGGCUGUUUUCACAUUUGAUCCUAACACUGGAGUUGGCCUUAAACAAAACAAACAACUUUCAAAGAACUACACCAAGGCUUAGCCUUAAGAAGCUCGGUGGAAAGAUGGGCCAGUGUUGACCAGGGCCAACACUGCACACUCUGCAUGGUUUAAACCUAAGGCAGUGGCUAAUCCCCCCCUCCCCCUUAUUUCAGCGAAAGUUAAUUAAAUUGUCAUGCUUUUAUGUCAACUAAUGAAAAAUACAUUACAGUCUUCCUUAGCCAAGGUGUGUGAGAAAUCCUCCCAGGGAGGCCUCGGAGAGGUUAUUGGCUCAUUUACGUACGUGAGUAGGGAAGGGGUUGUCGAUUCCGUUCCUGGGACGACCUGUCCAGAGCUGGAGGUGAUGUUUUCACAGCCCACCUACCCAAGCUUGCGGGAAAGGAGAAUGGGCUGUCCCAGGGCGGUCACGCACGAGUGCCCGAGGGCUCCCUGGGAUUCGACCUGACCUCUGGGUUGGCGUUUCUCCAUCGUGGCCUUGACACAAUCCCAGCACGAGUCCCAUGCACGCUGAGGUUCCGGGGCACCCGUGCUCUCCGAGAUUGCUGCGCCCUCCAGCUCCUGAGCAGAAGAGCUGCUCACACGGACGGCCCGAGACCUGGCGGAAAGAGCACGGGAGGACCCCCACGCCUCCCAUCUGCGGAGGCCAGGCGGCUUCGGGGGGGGGAGGGCGGGGAGCCUGCUCCCUUGCUGUCACGGGCUGCUGCUCUUUCUGUUGUCACCUGAACGGCAGGACCGGUCCUGGUACCAGAUGUUCCCUCCUCGCGUACUCGGCUUCAAGGUAGACCGAGGUGAGGGCCGAUGAGCAGGCCGCACGCUUCCAGUGGUACGGACGGGCCACUCGGGGCUCUCGGUGUUUGUCCUGUGCGCCUCUCCCCACGUUAGCUGGUUUCCCCCAAGUUCAUCAGCCGGCAGCUUUCUUGUUCUGACUUUCCCUUGACUGACUUUUACGAAUUUUGUUGUAAGAGCUUUGUUUAUCCAAACUCAAAGACACGAGCGGUUUCACACGGAGUAGCCCAGAGGACGGGCAGCUGUGUGGAAGCCGGCUCCCGUGUGCCAGCCGGGCUGUGCGAGUGCCCAUGGACGGGGCGAGGGCACCGUCGGUUGCACCCGGCCCUCCGCCGCCCCCUCAGCUGCGCGUCCGCCCUCGGCCCCGAGAGCAGGCAUGCGGCAAGGAGACCGGGAGGGGGCCGGGGCCUGACCGUGACCUCGCCCUUACGGGUUUUCCGUGCCCGCCACGUCCGCUGCCGACACGCGCAGGUGCGACGGCCAGUGGCGGAGCCGGGGCCACGUUCGUGCCCUUCACCCCAGCCCUCUUCCGUGUGUCCUGUUUUCUCGAACUGCCUUCGCCCCGUGUCUGCUUAACCGAGUUCUCCCAGGAGGUUGUAGAUCAUCUUGGAUACACUUUCUGCCUCAGCCUUCAAGUGCUGACUCUCCCGACCUCUGGGGGCGGGGAGGGGGGCGUCCCGUCUUCACCGAGGUCUCGCGCUUCCAGACGCAGCCGUCCCCGGACACCGCGAUGCUGAAUGUAACCCACACUGAGCCGGCCCCUCGCCCGGCCGUUCCUCCCACACGUGCUGACUUGCGUUCCGUGAUGUGGGCGUUCUGUCCGGAAAGAUGUAUAUAUUUUCUUACUGUACAUAAAGAUGUUCCUAAAUCGGGACAGGAAGCGACGCCACGGGCAGUCGUGCCACUGCCGCGGAACGCGUUUGUGGGACGUCACGUGCAUUCAGAACCCAGCCCUUAACCCUGUUUUGUCCCAACAGUUGGACGUUAAAUCUCUUUCGACUUAUGUCACUACUGAUGCAUUAAGUUUUUAAACGGGAUCCCAUGCCGAUCGGGAAUCCUUAGCGAAUCUUUAGCUCGGAAGAGGUUUUCGUGACCUGUUCAGGGACCACGUGAGGUCUUGCGGUUUGAUGUGUCCCCCUCGCAGGCCGGGGGUCCUGAGUCCCCACGCAGGGUCCCGUGGCCCCUUUCCGCAGAGGGCUGCAGAGGGCACCCGGCCGGGCAUCUCUGUUGGACGCUAGCUACCGUUGAGGAAAACUGGAAACCAGUAGAAAUGCCACGCCCCUUUGGAAGUCUGCACUUUCCCCUUCCUGUGCCCGCGAUUUCCAGGACUUCAGGCUCGGGACCUUGGCGCGUCUGGCACUUUAGGGUCAAAAGCUGCGUCCCCACCGGUCCCUGAAAGCUCACCUAGAAACAUUGUUCACUUUAAAUGGUACUUUUUAACUGCUCAGUUUUUGACUAUUUUAAAUAGUUUGCGGAUAGAAAAAUUCCUGAUAAUACUUGCUACAUAUCAUGUUUUAAUUGCCUGUACAGUUAACCUUUAAUUUUAUUUAGUAAAGUCUAUCAAAUUAGGACUUUUUGAAUUGUAAAUAUGUGGUUUUAUUAAAUAAAAGUCAUGUAAAAUUGUUA